AUUUCAUUCAAAGCAGUGAGAUCAUAUGCAUGCGCCACAUACCAUAACCCCGCGAAAAGACUCCAGGAUUGCGCUCCAUAACCUGAAUCCAGUCCGCUACAAGUAGAGCAAGUAGAUAGGAAGAAAAGUGCAUAUAUUAAGCCACACCUACCUCAAUCUCUCUUCCUCCUCUUUUCUGCGUACGCAAAAGGAAAAUUGCAUUUGCAAGUACACCUACGAACUUACAAUUUACAACUAUUAAAGACGUACCCCACCAUACCAACCACCCAAAUCCUGUAAAGAAACGCAAAAAUGCCUUCCAUAAUCGACUCCCUAACCUCCCUGGUCAACUCCAUCAUCGGCGCAAUCAUCUCCUUCUUCACCUCCAUCUUCGCCCUUUUCGAAGGCGUCAUCAGUGGGAUCCUGAACCUCUUUAGUGGCGCGAUUAACGCUGUGGGAACCACCAUCUCGGGGUUGGCGAAGACGUUUGGAGGGUUGGUGAAUUUUGUUUUGAGUAAGUUACUCCUCGAUCUUUUGGAGGAUGAGAAGAGAAGAUGGAAGAGGGGAAAGUGAGAAUGCCUGCUAAUGGAGAAUAAUAGGCAAUAUAGUCAUCAUCGGUCUAGCAGCUGCUGGAUUCUACCUCUAUCAAAACUACCAAGCCAAGAACCGGGGCGCGACGACGGGGAAGAAGAUCAACUGAGGAGCUCGGGGUAAUGAUGGUGAUGGGGAUGGGUUGCAAACACGAUAUAGGGAGGAUGAUUUGAUUUUCCGCAGCUUAUGUGAUGGGACGAGGUUAUGUUUGGACAAUGUAUCGAUAGGUAGUCUCCUAGUGGACAAGAAAAUGGCGGAAAUUCGAUUUUUUAAAACUAGUAGCGUAAGUUAAUUCUAAG